UACUGUAUAAUUGUAUGUCCUGAGAGUGUUUUGAGGUUACUUUGUUGAGACUUUUUAAGACUUUUGUGAAUAAUUCGUUCUUGCCCAUACAAUAGAGCAAAGAACUGAAGUUGGGGUAUUUCACUGUAGCACUUCCAGAGUUUUCCUCCUUUUCAGGCCAAUAUGUCUGCAGAUAAACCUAAGGUAUACCAGGGUGUGCGUGUGAAGACCACCGUUAAGGAGUUACUGCAGAAGCACAGAGCCCUGCAGGCACAGAAAACUGCAACGAAAUCACAAGCCGUGGCUGCUCGCGAUGUCUGCUCUACGACCAUGAAUACCCACCUUGAUGUCUUUGGAAUGCAAGCUCCAGAACCCUAUUUCCAGACACGUCCCUUUACCGAAAAUGUCAACAUCCCGAUGGAGAAUGUUUAUGAUCAUCAACAGAUGAUGCAUAUGAUGCCACCUGAGACUUUCAGCGGCAGUAAUUUCGUGUGUCCCACAUCUGCGCAGUGGUCUAAUGGAUAUCUACCUUCUAAUACGGACCUCUAUGGUACUAGCCUGGUUUCGAGGUCACCCUCAGACUCCUUCAAUCUCCCCAGUCCCGUCGACUACAACAGUUACUCUCCCCCUCAGUCCAACUCUUCAUCCUCUUCGUGCUACAACUCCCCAACACGGAUGGAUUUGAGCUCCAGUUUCUCUCCAGAAAAUUACCACUAUCAGCAUUGCAACCUACAGCAUUGCUUUUGUCUGUCGCACUGGUCCAAUGUGCAGGAAGGCAUGGCAACCUCAGAGUUUGCGCCCUACGGCUCAUCAGACUGUUUGUAUUCAUAUGGCGACGACAGCUAUUUCAGAAGGGAUACUUCAAACUCAGACAUGUGUUACUUAUAAAAUGCAGUUUGAAGCACUUUGCGCGAAAAUCCAGUGUCAUAAUUGAUUCAUUCGAAUGCAUUUGUUGUACUUUAGUUUAGAUAAAAGAACAAACAGUGAUAGAAUGCAUGAUUGGGCUUAGUUUAGCAGUUUAAGCAAAAAGGUUGAUUGCAGAGAGCUAAAUAUGUGUGAGUAUAAUUUACAAAUUAUUCAUUUAUCUUUUUUUACAAUAAACAUAUUUUUCGUAA